GUGAUUGGCCCUGGGAAAUGCCCAGAGUUAAGACAUGUAAAGUGUAAGUGUAAAUAAAGACUUGACAAUUAAAAUCAUGGUGCAUGGGGAACCUUUACCUGACAGUCAGACAAUUUAUAAAAGAAUUAGAUGCUCAUGCUAUUCUAUCAAGUCUAUUCAAAAAGUGUUUGACAUUAUCAGUGAAUAUCAUAUUUGUGAAGGAAACGCUGAAACAGAGCUUCAGGAUCUCAUUCCAGUUGGAUCUUUUAUGGAUAUAUCUGAUGGAUACAAGUAUCAAGGUUACCGUGACUCUUUCUACAUCCAGUCAAGUAUAAGAUCAACGAGAUGUGACUUUUUUGUACAAACAAAAGGUAGUCGCUGUUGUAAUUGUCAAACUUACCGUCGAACACUUCACAAAGUUUUGAAUCGUAGAAAAAGUACCCCUAAAGUUUCUACACCCAAGAAGGAUUGUACUUAAUGUAAAACAUCCAACAACAAUCUAACAAAACUGCAUAAAAUUAAACAGCUGAAAGACAUUACCUCCCAACUGCAAUUGGAAAAUGCUCGUUUAAGGCGUGAAAUUACUAAAAAAAUAGAAAUGAAGGUGUCUGCUUUUCGGAAAGAGAAAGUAAAGACUUGUCUGAAUUGAUGCAAAGUUGUGAAUGGGGUGUUAAAAAGAGUAACCCGGAUGAAUCUUCAUAUCAGCGUUUGUUCUGGGAAAAACAAAUCAAGUAUUCACAACUAAACGACAAUCGGGGCUGGCACCCAUCAAUUAUUAAAUGAGGCAUUUAUUUGAAAAGUAAAAGUUCCACGACAUACUACACUUUGAGGAAUUCAGGUUUUGUAAAUCUACCUUCCUAGCGUAAACUGUUUGACUACACAAGUGCUAAUGCGCAAGGAGUAGCGUUCCUAGAGGGCAAAAUUGACAUGCUUAUAGAUGAAACGGAAGAGGAUGACUUGGAAGAAACGGACCAUUGCUCAGCAUAUUUAAUCCAGGCUAAAAGCUCCGAUCCCUUCAACAAAACCACUUAUCUAAAAAUGGACACUGCCUCUGAUAACUUUGAAAACCAUAUUAAUGAAAACACACAAUAUUUUCAAAAUUUUAACACAAUGGGUGAUGAAAACGUGGAGCCUGUGUCUGAUUGCUUUAAAGACAAUAUUCGGACACUUGGCCUGAAUUCCUCCGUGUUUGUCCCAGAGGUUUAUAUCAAAGUUGAACCUGCCUCUGAAUACCCUGAAGAAUAUAAUGUGGUAUCACAUAUUGAAUCUCACAAUGAAACGUCUAAGCGUGAUAUGGAAGUUAUGAAGCAUGCCUGUGUGGAUACUAAAGACAAUUUUGCGACAGCCUGCAUAGAUAACAUUCCGAAACCCACAGGCAUUAAAGAAGAGCCUAGCUCUAUGAACUUUAAAGACCACAUUUUGAUUCAUGAUAUGAAACCUCUAGAUAAUCCCACAUUGUCUGCCAUAAAAGCAAAUGCUUCGUCUUUGGGCAUUAUUAAACACAUCGCGGCGAAUCCGAAAAUGAAUCUCGCAGGGAGUAUCAUUAAAGUGGAGCGUAGCUUGACUUACUCAGAUGACCAUAGGGAUACAUACAGCAUGAACACUGGGAUACUGGGGGCUCGUUCACCAAUGCAUAAUGCAGACAAUUAUGUUAGAGACACAGAGAAGGACUGUGCAAACUCAAUCAGGCGUAUUGUAGAAAUUAACAACGAUUUAAAUUACCAUAUUGAGACAAAUGGUGUGGAUACGUCCGAGAUGGACUUAGAGACUAUUGAAGAAAUAAAACAAGAUAUUGAAAAUUUAGAGCGUGAAGAAAUCGAUCAUAACGCUGUUUCUUUUUUACAGCUACAAAGGGAAGUUAAAGCAAACAUCAGUGAGGAUUUUCUAGUGCACGCAGACAACCGCAAGCUGUCUUUAUUUCAAUUGUAUACAAAAGGCGUGGCUGCAACUGUGAAACUUUCCAUUGAGGUUCACUGUGACUUCAGUUGCAAUAUGUUUGUGCAUAGACAACCUGUUCCCCCAACUAAUGGAAUUUGGGCUGGUUUGCCUUUGCUCUUUGACAAAUGUCCAUACAUCAUGGAGCUUUGUCGGCGCGUUCAACUGCAUAAAGUUUGCCCGGGAAAUCCGGACGAAGAAUUUGUUUCCUUUUUACCGAUCGGAGAUGGACUUUAUAACUCUAACUUGGCUAAGCCCUUGCGCGUAUUUGAGGGUAAUUUUAACGUGUCAUUGGGAAAGACUGUCGAUAAGAGUUACAGCAGCACUAUCAGAACAUCCAAUUGCCAAUUGCUUGUAAGAGAGGCCGAUCAAUGUAUCAAAUGUAAGGAAUACAGGAGCUCUUUGAUUAAUAGGAAACAAUGUUUAGCAGAAACGGCUGAUCCCAAUGGAUCAGAAAUUAAAACCAAACAUGAUAUGAUGAUGAGUGCAGAUGACAUGACUAAAAAGCUACAAGAACAGAAAGAAAGGAUAAUGUAUCUCAAACGUGAACUUAACAAACUAAGAAAAAGGUGCAGUAAUAACAAGCGAUCAAAAUCCGCAACUAAAAAAGUCGUAUGUGUAUAGAAGUGGUAGAUAGAUACAUACAUAUUGUAUAUAUUUGAGGAUGUAUUUUGCAUGACAAAAGAAAGUAAAUCUAAAUAUACAAUUAAUGCUUAAGCAUGGAAUAGUAAAGACACAAUUCAUAUGGGUGUGAAUUUCUGUAUUCUAUUUGCUGGCAAAAAUGAUUUUAUAUUGUUGUUGAAUAUGAUUACAAUCUAAGCUUCUAUAAUCCAGUUGCGAAAGUAAAAAAAAUGUGUUCAUUGUCUUCAAAUGUCUGUGACACAAAACUCACUCUUGUUAAUUGUAUCUUACAAUAACACCUCUUUUUGUAUAUACAUACAUUUAUAAUUAAGAUAUGGGAAAAAAUAAGAGUUUGUACUUAAAGCGAAAUUAUGCGAUUUUAUCAAGUACUAGUAUUUAUGAAUUUAUACAAAAUGUGUAAAAAACUUAUGAUACAUAUAUUGCAAUAUAAAUUUAAAUAAAAGUUAAAAAGAACAUGUGUCGAAAAAAGCGAAAUAAGCCAGAUAUUUAAUUCUGAAAUCGAAAAUGUCUGUACAGUCGAAUUCGCCAGCAUGUAUAUCAUGCAUGUACGAUGUGAAUCUAAAUUUAGUUUAACGGUUCAUUUUUGACGAUGCUGUGGAGCAGCUCGUCUAAGUUAUCAUACCAUGAAAAAAUCUUCACAAUGGCGACGUAUGUUAAAGACCGAGCCAGUCCGAUUGAGAUAGCUCGAUUUUUCUAAUCGGCAUACCUCGCUGAUUAUCAUUGAUAAAGGUAAAGGAAGCUCAGCUAUAAAUAUGACAGCAUAUUCUGGGAAAAAGAUUUAAUAAUAGUUCGAAAACGUUAAUUUUAAAACAGUUAUAUUCAAUCCAUUAUAUGUUUAUAGAUCAAUGAAACAAAUAAGCAUUUUCUGUAUUGUAGUUUACAUUUUUCGUGAUUCUGAAAAUAAAUUGCGAAUGAAAACGUGUAUAAUUUACGUUUAACGCGAUCAUGAGUGUAAAGAACACGAAUUAUUUCGAACCUGACAUUUGUAAACGUUAAAGCGAGUAUGGUAUAUAAAAAGCAUAAAAGCCGUGCGACAUAUAUGAAACUCGCUCUUAUGCGUGCUCUCUCAUUUUGCAUACAGUAUUUAAUAAACUUUUCAAACAGAAUUUAAAGAGCCACAUCAGUGCACACACUAUGUUUGAUAAUUCAUUCGUUUGUUGGAUAUUGUUUUCUGUUUUAAACACAUAUCGCGAAGAUUUAGUUAACCUUACCAUGUGUUCAUGGGCGAACUCAAGUAUUCAAUAUACAGAAGUGAAACUCCAGCUGCUGGAGCAGUAUUGAGUUUUCAUUCAAGUCGUAUUCGACUAUGUGCUCAAACCUACUUUCGGGAAUCAUCAUGGAAUUAUUGCCGUACUUAACGAACAAACACGCCUAAGCUUAUUUAAAAAGAGAAAAAACAAUAAUCAAAAGAGAAAAAUUAUUUGUUCAUGCACAUGGGCAUGUGAAAUCACGUCCGUACCCAUAACAUCAUUAACUUACAAUGUAGCAAAGGAAACAACAAAAUAUAAGGUUAUACAUGUGAAAUUAAAGAGCAUGGUGUAAUUAAAAAGCAUGUCAAGUUUUGAAUAUAUCUGCUACAUAACGUAAUGUUAUAACCCACAAACAUUUUACUGUAACAAAACGUUUUUUUAAGAUAAGUGGUACAGAAAAUACACGUCGAAAAUCUGUUUAAAGAUAUUUCUUGUUAUAUUUAAUCGAGAAUGUAACCCGCCUCCCAGUUUCACUGAAUGGGUCAAGUUCCCCACGGGUACUACUUCCCCGUACCCCCCCCCCCC